UAAAAAGAAUAUUCUUGUUAGAAGUAAAUUAUUAUAAUUAUUAUAUUCACCAUGUCGGUGCUGGAUAGGAUUCCAACAGUCAUUAGCUGUUGUUUCUGCUGCUUUUUACGAGCUGGCACCAUCAUGAUAGCUAUAUUCACUUUCGCUCUCGGCGCGUUCUACGUGCCCAACCUAGCCUACCUAACCGACCAGAACUACCUGUGGCAUACCGCAGGGGAGUCCGUCCUAUCCUACCUCGGCACGGCGACCGAGCACGCCGCGAGGUGUAUACUUGGCUGUGCGGGGCUAAUGCUGAUGAUCAUCGGUAUCAUGCUGAUUGUUGGAGCCUUAUGUAACUUUGCGAAGUUGCUCAGCAUAUACGAAUGGGGUCUGAUCAUCCACACCGCGAUCACCACCGUGCUGUACUUCGCCCUGGCCAUGGUCUGCUUCUUCUACCACUCCCAGAGCUACCAGACGGGCAUCAUACUGCUAGGGAUCGUCGUUCUGAAUUUGGUUGUGACGGCAUAUUUCGUCAUCGUAGUCAACAGUCUUCGCAUGUCCAUCAGCUAUUUGAAGGGAUACCAAGUCUGAAAAUUGACGUCU